AUGAGUCGUGCUCAGAAUGCCGUGGGCCGGGCCAGCAGGAGUGUGUGUCCUGUUCCGACCCGGCUGCCUUGCUCAAAGACGGGGGAUGUGUCCCUGACUGUGGCGCUGGUUUCUACAGUCAAGAAGGCGUAUGCUACGCCUGCGAUUCGUCCUGUGCCUCCUGUUUCCCUGACAACCCCAAUUGCAUGAGCUGUCUGCCAGAAGCCGCCUUGCACCAUGGGAAAUGUAUUUCCCAAUGUCCAGCACAGCAUUACCUGGAGGACAACAGCAGAUGCAGAGUCUGCCACAGCUCCUGCUCUUCCUGUUGGGGUCCCUCUGUGUCCCAGUGUACCCUGUGCCCAGGUGGGCGUCUUCUUCACCAGGGUCAGUGUGUGGAGGCCUGUGGGGAAGGACUUUACUCCCAGGACACCACCUGCCACAAUUGUCACCCCUCUUGCCGGUCUUGUGUGGGACCCUUGGCCUCAGACUGCCUCCGCUGUUUGAAACCAGAGGAAGCCCUCCUGCUGCAGUCCAGUCCCCUCCAGCACGGCGUCUGCACAGCCGGGUGUCCUGCACACAGCUUCUUGGAUCACAUGUACACAUGCAGAG